AACGAGAAACAUGUUCAACUUUAGCGAUUUAGAAUCAUGGUUCAAAACUGGCACUGGCAAGAAGCCAACAGGGGGGAGACCCACCUCCCAGUUAGGUUCCAAUGGGGAUUCCGAACUCCCCACCGAAGACGAAGACUACGAGAAGAAGGUUAAAUCAAUGUCUGAAAAGGAUAUUAUUAGGCAGUAUGAAGAAUUACUGAGUGACAUGAAUCUUAAUGACGACAAGAAGCGACCUCUUCGAAACCUCAGCCUGGAACAGAAGAAGUACAUGCUGAUUAUGCAAAACAAAAACAAAACCGAAUCAGGCAAUAAUAAAUUUAACGAACCAGAAGACUACAUAAAUUACUUAGAAACGCACAUGCGCAGCGAAUAUAUCCAACUUAAUAAACUACUGAGUUGCACCGAAAGUUUAAGGGUCGCAUUGGCUAACAACCCCUUAAGUUGGGUUGAGAAGUUUGGAGGGCAAGGGCUGCAGUAUAUAUUGAAGGUCCUGGAUGUAGGAUUAAAACAUAAAGAUGUCAAGCUCCAAUAUGAGUGUCUAAGGUGUCUCGAAAAAUUCAUGAACAACACUGCUGGGAUAAAGUUAGUGUUGGCAGAUAGUAAUGGGCACGAGAGUGUCGCUAAAUGUUUAGAUAUCGAUAAGCCACAUAUUAUGGUCCAGGCAUUAAAGAUUUUGGCUCCAAUGUGUUUAAUAUCAGGGGAAGGAGAGGUGGAAGGAUCUAGUAAGGUACUUCUGGCCAUAACCAAAGUAGCAGAGAAUCAAAAUAGGGAAAGGUUCUUACCUAUAGUGAAUGGAAUCGUCAAAAGCAAUAAUGCCGAGUUGCAGAGUAUGUGUUUGCAAUUUGUCAACGCGUUACUCUCAGAAACAGAGGACUUCGAGUUUCGGGUACAUCUAAGAAACGAAAUUGUUAGGAAUGGACUUUAUGAUAAAUUAGCGGAAUUGAAAAACGAGACGAAUCCAGUGAUAAAAACGCAAUACGACAUCUUUGAAAGCCAAAAGGAUGCGGACGCAGACGAAUUGCACGAGCGGUUCGAUCGCGUCAGGAUCGAUAUGGACGACAUCCAAGACUGUUUCGAGGUUUUAAAGAAUAUGACUUUGGAAACCACCUGUGAACCCUACUUCCUGAGUAUUAUCCAGCACAUGCUCUUUAUAAGGGAUGACGUCAAUAAAUUAGCAUUCUUUAAGUUAAUCGAAGAAGUAAUUUCACAACUGGUAUUACACAAAUCGGGGCUGGAUCCGGACUUUAAAAAACAUCCUUUAGACAUAGACUUGCAACCCCUACUGGAAGAGUUAAAAGAAAGACCGCCUUCAGUAGACACGGGAAAAGUGCAGGAAUUACAAAAGCAGCUAGACGAAGCGCUGGUCGCUAGAGGAGAGGCUGAAGCAAAACUUGCUAAGUUAGAAAGUUUAGCUAGUGGAGAUGGAAAACUGGAUCCUACUUUGAUAGAGAAAAUGGGAAAACUUCCCCCGAUGAGCGGGGGUGGCGGCCCCCCGCCUCCCCCUCCUAUACCCGGUAGUGGCGGAGGGGCGCCACCUCCUCCUCCCAUGCCGGGAAUGGGAGGAGGAGGACCUCCUCCACCUCCGAUGCCCGGAAGUGCCGGACCACCCCCGCCGCCCAUGCCUGGCAUGGGCGGACCGCCACCUCCACCGAUGCCAGGUAUGGGUGGCGGUCCUCCAAUACCCCCGCCCCCUCCUGGAAUGGGAGGCGGUCCAAGACCUCCUCCUCCUCCAGGCAUGGGAGCUCCCCCGCCCCCUUUCGGCAUGGUGCCUCUACCGGGAUUAGCCCAGCCGGAUCUUUUACCACACGGCUUGAAACCCAAGAAGAAGUGGGAGGUGAAAGGACCGUUGAAAAAGGCCAACUGGAAAGCGAUUAUGCCACAAAAACUAUCGGAAAAGUCAUUUUGGGUGAAAGCGAAAGAAGAAGAAUUGGCCGAACCGGACAUCUUAGACGGUUUGGCUAAAAAGUUUUCUUCAAAACCGGUUAAAAUGACGGAAGAUACGACCGAUAAGAUUAGUAAUACUGGUACCCUAAAAAAAGUGAAAGAACUUAAAGUGUUGGACGGUAAAACAGCUCAGAAUAUUUUGAUCUUACUUAAUGGCAGUCUAAAACACAUGGUUUAUGACGACAUCAAAAAAGCGUUGCUCAGAUGCGAUCAGAAUAUUCUAACUCAAAGUGUUACAGAACAAUUAAUACAGUAUUUACCACCACCAGACCAACUAAAAAAGCUGAGCGAAUUAUCGGAUCGUUACAACGAACUAACGGAAGCAGAGCAGUUUUGCGUUAAAAUGUCGGAGGUGAAAAGACUGCUGCCGAGACUAAAAUCGCUUAGUUUUAAACAUCAUUACGUGGAGAUGGUCAGUGAUACAAAACCUGACAUUGUAGCAGCGACGGCCGCAUGUGAAGAAGUAAAACGAAGCAAAAAAUUCGCUAGGAUUUUGGAGUUGAUUUUACUUAUGGGCAACUACAUGAACACUGGUACCAGGAAUGGCGGUGUAUACGGUUUCGAGAUGAGCUUUUUGACUAAAUUAACAGGCACAAAAGACUCGACAAACAAACAAACGUUGUUACACUACAUAGCGGAAACCGUGGAGACCAAGUGGCCGGAGUUACUUAAUUUUUAUGAUGAAAUGCCUCAUAUAGACCGUGCGAGUAGAGUAUCAUUGGACACAAUUCAAAAAACUCUUAGACAAAUGGAUGCGAGCUUAAAGGGCCUUAAGACGGACCUUCAAAAUAGUAAAGAGCCUCAAAGCGAGGACGACAAAUUUGUUGACGUGAUGGAUGACUUUUCGAAAGUGGCACGUGAGCAAUGUGACGUGAUGCAAGAGAUGUUAAAGAAAAUGGAGAGUCUCUACAGCGAUUUGGCUGAAUAUUACGCCUUUGACAAACAAAAAUAUUCGUUAGAGGAAUUCUUUACGGAUUUGAAGACUUUUAAGGAUAGUUUUAUUCAAGCCAAAAACGAAAAUCAAAAAGAACGCGAACUAGAAGAGAAAAAAGAGAAGAUGAGAUUAGCGAAGUUAAAACAGGAGCAGGAUAGGGAGGAACGAAACAAGCGGAAACUGAUCGAUAUGAAUCCUAAGCAGAAUCAAGAGGGAGUCAUGGACAGUUUGCUUGAAGCAUUAUCCUCUGGCAGCGCAUUUGGAAAAAACGAAAAAAGAAAAAGGGGAACCAGACCUUUAGGAGCUGAGAGAAGAGCACAACUACAGAGGUCGCGUUCCAGGACUGGACUUAUAGCGGGAAGAGAAUUAACCAGCGAAAUCCUUGCGUGAUAGAUGACACUAUCAACGAGCUCCCUCUAGUGAGACACAACGAAUCCAUCUUAGCUCAAUAAAAUUACGAGUCCUCUAUCGACCCCUAUAGAGGAUGUACUUCAAACAGCGACCCCUUCCUAAUUUAUUCAACUAGAUUUAAAGCACUGUAUAUAAUGUGUAAUUACGAUCUGUAUAUUUGCAACCUUUUUUUACAAGAAUAGCAGUAAGUCGAAUAAUCUCUCUUGUGGGAAUUAGAGUUUGUGUUAUUUUUUUGUAGAAGCAUAUAUUUCGUUGUUGACCUUAUUAUUUCAAGAAUAUUGUUUCAUUUAAAUGACACUUUAGGUACCAUCUUCCAUAUUUUUUUCAGUUUGCAACUAAGUGUCUCAAUAAUAAUUAAAUACUGCCCAACCAUGGUUGUUUAAAAAGUGAUAUACAUAAUAUAAGAGCUUCCUCAUGCUUUUUUACGUAAAUAAUUACAAAUAUUUUGACGUCAAGUAUUUUUUUUUAGUAGGAACUUAUGGGAUUACUACUUAGUCAAACAUGUAAUUUUAUACAAGAUGAGUUUGAAAAAUGAUCAUUUCAAAAUAGGUCUUGUACAUGGGUGUAUCAAAAACAUACGUGACUAUGAAUAAUUUUUUGAGCCCCCUUGUGAGUCCUUAAUUUCGAAGCGCUUUCUUAAUGCAGUUUUUGCAAUAAAUAUGUGUUUAUAUAUACAAGAUAUUUUUUAUAAAUAUGUGAAUAAGAAAUUCUAUGCAAUAUCUAUUUUAUUAAAGUUUUUGUUAAGUUGUUA